GGAGGCGUUCCGGACUAGAUUCUUAGACAGUUGUUGGUGGAGCAGACGCAAAUAUGAUGGAGGAGGGAGCGUACGGUGGAGGCAAGGCAGGGGCACCUUUCGACCCCCUGGCCUUCGUGCAGCGACCUCAGGUUAUCUUGAGAGCAGUGACAUGGUUUUUCUCCAUUAUUGUCUUUGGAUGCAUUUCUUCGCAAGGGUGGACGAAAGAUGCCAAAGGAAAGGAAACCUGCCUUUAUAAUGGGGACAGCAACGCCUGCAACUACGGUGUGGGCAUCUCUGUCAUCGCUUUCAUGGCCUCUAUUGGGUUCAUUGUUGGAGAAUAUCUCUUUGAACAGAUGUCCUCUGUCAAGACGAGGAAACGAUAUGUCAUGGGUGAUAUGGGAUUUUCAGCUUUGUGGGCCUUCUUGUACUUCAUUGGAUUUUGUUACCUGACCAACCAGUGGAGUAAUGCAGAUGAUCCACCAGGGGGCUAUGGUGUUAAUAAUAUGCAAGCAGCUAUUACCUUCAGUUUCUUUGCCAUCUUUCCUUGGGCUGCUGCAGCAUACUUGGCCUUCUUAAGGUACAAACAAGGAGCUGACCAAGCCUUCGCUCCAAGCUACGAAGCAGAUCCUACAAACAUGGGAGGCUACAACAGCUACCCAGAUGCCACAGAUCCUGACGGAGGUUAUUCUCAGCCUCCGUUUGGUGGACAGCCAGCCCAGCCACAGACAGGUAUGCAGCAGGCUCCUCCUUACUAGGGGAGCAGUGUGUAGGUUCAUGAACAAGUCAGCUAGUCAUUCCUCACACUAGUCAGAACUACUACUUGCUGGAUAGCACUUAAUCCCGUAAAUCUACUGAUCCUCCUCAAGAACAGAAGAUUGUGAACAGGCUGCUGCUACUGCUGCUGCUACAUACAAACUUCGCCCUCGGUCCAGAGGGCGACCCACCCAGGGGAUGAUGGCAUGCUAGUCAGGGGAUAUGAGCACAUGUCCCUUGGUUUGUCUUAACUACUUAAAACAAAAAACAAAAAAAUAAGAAAAAAUGAGUGUAAUUAUGUCAUAUACUUUUUGGAACAGAAAAUAGGGGCUUUGAAUUUUUCAAAAGAAGAAAAAUAGAAAGAGUGAGAACAGAUACAGAUACUAGUAAUGUUUGUGACAUAAACAGUGGUCAGGAUAACUACAUUCAUUUGUACAUUUGUAAAUGAACUACAUAAUAACCGUGCAGUUUCGUCUGCUGUAUUUGCUUCUGUAAGACGAUUAGUUGAUUUUGGGGUUUUAGUUUUGUUAGUUUUUUCUUUUUACAAAGAAUACUCGAAGUAUUACUAUUACUGACAGCGGAAAAUGGAGACAAAUAAAUGGGUUAAUUGUAUAACUCGCCAUAUAUGCCUGCUAUGAGGACAUUUUUGUGUAAUGACUUAAGUAAUUUCUAGUUUAGUUCGAGUUUGAUUUUAACGAUGUACAGUCACACAGCAAUAUUUCUUUUAUUACCCAGUACGUAUUAUCUUGGCACUUUCCUAUGUUAUUUCCUUUUCUUGUGUAUAAAUUGGAAGGGUUUUAUAACUAAAAAAAUCAUCGAUUUUGAAAUCCUCGUUGGUAUUCACAUGAGACUUAGGGUUCAACAUCAUUUUUUGGGGGAACCAUACUUGAUUAUUCUGAUUUAUCGUGAACAGUUCAUUCAUUAAUUUGUGAUAGUCAGCAUGGUCAACUGCACCAACUUUUUGUACACGGGAAAUUUUAAUUUAGUUUGUUAUUCUGUAUAUAGUUUGUAUCUAUUGGUAACCGAAGUAUGAUCAUCUUUGUAAACCCACUCCAACAUUCACUAUUCGAGUUGUUUGUUUUGUACAGGUAAUGCAAAGAAUUAUAUCUACAGGCCAUAUUUGCCCGGGAAUUAGGGACUGCGUUUCAAAGCAGGGCACUGAUGCAUUCUCUGUACUCAUUCAUUUUUGAUAAGUAACAUUUUGGGAUCCUUCCAAAGGUGUUAUCGGUUUCAAUAAUUCUUUCUUAACUGAGAAGCUCCUUGCUUCCGCGAAGUUAAGCGAAUGUUGUCCAAUCACAGGUAGACUGUCGCAUCCCACUUCUGCAUACUGAGAGUCAUUCUGUGUAAUGACAAGUGGCUGUGCUGUAUAUUUUGUAUGGUGCAACAUCCCUUAUUUGGAAAAAGAGGCUUGGAUCAUAAUUGCUGUAAUGAAACAUUCCAGUUAUUCACUUGGCUGUUACAAUGAUCUCAUUUGAACUUGCAAUACGUAAAGGAUAGAUGUACUGUUUCAUUAAUUCGUUAGCUCUCUCAUUUGCUGACAUCCAGUGGAUUCCAUCUUUUCAUUUUCUCACAGAAAUCACUGCACCUCUCUUAGUUACUUUAUCCUUUUUUUUUUUCACUAAAUCAUGCACAAAUUUAGAGCUUCCCCUUGCUCAGUAUUCUCCUUUUAGUCAUCCAGUAUUACAUUGCUAUGCAAAUCAUCUUUUCAUCGUGACUAAACUCUUGUUAUCCUGGAUAAAUUUUUUUAGUAGCUUGGACUGGGUGGUAAUUUUAUGCGAGGCAGAAAUAUACAGGUUGCUGUGAUUCUUCUUGUGCUCUGUUAUAAGGGAGCAUUGGCAAUAAUGUUCAUAUCUUUUUCUUUCUGGAUAAAUAAAAGCAACUGAUGUCCCUUUCUUUGUGAAGUAUAUAAGUUUCCCUUGGAUAUACUUUCUUGACCCUCCUUAUUCCGCUUGUGGCCUUCCCCUGAUAUAAGUUAUGUGGCCUUUCUCUGCUAUAAGUUAAACUAAUCUGCACUUCUCUCAUCUUUCCAAUUGGGCCCAAUUUUUCUGAACCGAUCAAAAGCAAGGUAAACUCAUAAUAGCAGCAUGUUUGGAUGCCUUCUUCCUGACAUUUGUAAAACCAUUGUCAUUGUCUUUUAAAAUAUAAGAUCACUUGCUAUGAAAUUCACCGGCCUUCGUGGUCGUACUUUUCUCCUCUCUAUCAAUAGAAUUCACAAUAUUUUUACCUUUUUUCAUUUCUGAUUGCAUGAGGCACUGAAGUCAUUUGCAUAGCAAUUCCUUUACUCACUAGAACUUUGUUGGAUUUUUUAGCUAAACAAAAUUCACUUUUAAUGAAAUCCACAAAAGAAUAGUUUUUACUGCCCUCCCUACGAGGCUUCCCUUUCAAAAUUAUGGCAAUCUUAUGUGGUUUUGAUGUUAGAAGAGGUCAUAUCAGCAGAGGAAUUUUCUUAUGAUAGGGAGGCACCCUUUAGUUAACUGUUUUGAGAUUUGCUUACCAUUAUAGUUUUUACAGCUGCUUUACCUUUGAGGCUAAUAGUCCUCUUUUCCUUUUUAUGUCAAAUUGAGGCAUCCUCUCACCUCUUUCUUAUUUGUCUUGGUAUGAUUAUUAAUCUGUGAUUUAUCUUCAAUAUCAUCAAGGCAUCCUGUAUCAGAUUUCUUCAUUUUUCAUAGAGUUAUGUUGCAAGAUCUAAUUUGGUCUCAUCUGUCUCUUAGGAAUCUGUAGGUUACAGACUUCUCCUCAUCAAGAGGUUCAAGAUUCUGAACAGGACUUUUCCUUUACGUGCUGUUUUCUUUUAGGUAUCUAUCGUCUCUUCUGCACUUUCACCAACGGAACUUCCUAGCUUAUUUUCUGAAUUACUAUGUGUGACUAUAACAUCAUACUCAUUAAUAUAUAUCACAAAUCCUUUUAUUCUUUAUUUUGACUGACUUUCUUUUCACUGUCCUGUUCUUGUCGAUUUCUGGUCCCAAACUCUAUUCCUUCUCAUUAUAUACCCUUAUAUUAACAUACUUGUUCCUACCUUCUAUCAUUUUUGUUAAGACAGUUGACAUAUUUCCCCCCCAGGGUGUUUUCCUUCUUUAUAAUGGUUUGGCUUGAUCAGUAAACAGCCAGUUUACUUUCAUAUUACAGUUAUGUUUUAAGAGCUUUCAAGCUUAUUCACUUGGUCUUUCAGUAAUUUUUUUUUAUUUAUGUAGAGAAAAUUUGCUAUUCUCAGUUACUUUGAGUUCUAAAUAUGUCUGAAGUAUUUUUUUUUAUCCUAAUGGACAUAACGUAAAACAUUAUUUUUUAUUAGACAUUUUCCCACUUGUUAAAAUCUCGAGAGGGCUUUUAGCACUCUUAAAAUCUUUGAAAAUUGCUCUAGUAAUCUUGUGCUGUUGUGAAGAUUGGUAUAUUUCAAUUUGUUUACUUUCCCAAAGUUCACUAGCCUAAAGGUGCAUAGUUCCUCUUUGCUCUUGAGACAUACUCUAGCUGUCGACACACAUCUGUAACUGGACAUCAGUUAAUUUAAAAAGAAAUGAGUGGCCGUGGUUCAGAAUUGUAUUAAGAUAUAAGGAUUGUCAUAGGUCAGAGUCCUGUUUUGUUAAGUAAGUUUGCAAUUAACGUGAGUGAGUUACAGUCAUUCCAAGUCUGUUCCAGUAUGAUUUCCUUGCUUACUAUUGUAAAUUUGUUUUCCAAAGUAACUGUAUCAGGAUCGCGGGGUUUCUGAAUGUGUUCUCAUCCUACAUGGUUUUAAUAUAUUAAAAAAAAUCUGUAAUGUAUAUUUUCACAUGGUGUGAGCUUGAUAAUGGAAUCAUUUUUUUUUUUUAAUACAUGCUCAGAUUUAAGUGGGUUGCUCGUACUUGUUUGUCAUCCUAUUUUCUUGUGCAGAGUAAAAUGCCUCGUCUUAUUUCAUUCUGAGAAGGGGUUUUAAAUCUGGUGAAAAUGAUGGCAACUUAAUCAUGAGUGUUUAUGCUUAAUUUCAUUAAGUUUCUGUGCAAUGUUACUUAGCAGGUCAUAGCAAUAGGAUCUCUGGAAAGCUAAAUUUUGGAAGUGUUACAUAGCAGUACCACAACAGGUUGUUUCUACAGAUGGCUUCUCUUGUGGCCGUUUUGAAAGUAGUACGUUGGUGUGACAUGUUUGGUUCUACUCUUAUGUGAUUAGCGUUAGAGUAAAUAAAAAGCAAUAAAACUUCAACAUAAUCAAAAAGCAAGGAGUGCAGUUGUUUUCCCAUCGUUAUUCAAUUGGGUAUGGGAGUGAUUCCUUAAAAAAUGCUUUCCGCAAUCUUUAUACUAGCUUAAACAUUUUUUCAUUGACGCUUCGAAUACGAAUCUUUCUCCUUUUGUAAUUGUCACUCCUUUAUAAUUUUAUUAUGUUGAAAUAAAAAUCGAAAGUUUUUAGGUAAGAUUAGCUCAUUCUUUGCCAAAAAAACAAAAACAAAAAUGACCUAACGUAGGUGAUCUAAAAUGCCUUGAACUGCCUUCUGUGAAUCUCAAAUCAGGGGAGGUAAAAGUAGAACCAUGUGAUAGUGCACUACACUAACACUAGUAAGACUAAUGCAAAAGUUGAUAAGUUGCAAUUAAGAGUCCUAUUUCAAGAUUGAGAGAUACCCACUUGUAUUACUACAGGUUUCUACAUUUGUUAUUGAUGUUAUUUUGAUCGAAAGAUCUUCUACCCUUGUUAACACUGAACAAAGUUUGACUGUACUAAUGCGGUACAGGUAAUAUCUUCUGAAAGGCAGGUGUUUUUCUUUAUACCAUUGGAAGUCGAUGAUUUUACAUAUAUUUCACUGGAUGCAAUUAAUGAGCAGCUUGAAAUAGAACUGUCUAUUGGUCAAGGACAAACCAUUAAGGGACAUUGUUGCUUUUGUUCUUCUGUAUUCCAUAUUACGUAAUGAAUUGUUGUAGGAUUUAUUUGAUAUAAGUGAGCUCAAUAAGAAGUAUAAUUUUCAAUAAUUAUAUUUAUAAGUUCUUUUUGGUACAUCAGAGUACAGGAGACACAUUGCCCAAAUGAUUAUUUCAACUGAACUAGUAUUUUUGGUCACUAAACAGAACCUCCUUGUCAUGUCAUGUUUUACAAUGGAAAGGCAAUAUGACAAAACUGUGGUAUGAUAAAAGAGAUAGGCUAAAUAAAUAAUUCUAAUAUAGAGGAUAUUUUUACGCGGAAUAAUACCUCAGAAAAUCUAGUCUUUGCAUAACCUUACAAGGAAAGAAAUGGCACUAAAUGUUGUUGAUCUAACACGGUACUCAAUAGGAAGAGAUGUCAAACAAGGAGCUUCAGAUUGAUACAGGUUCUUGUACCUCUCUGAGCUUUAAACUCUCUGGUUUGAAUAUAAGUGACAUAGACCUUGUGGGGUUCAAUUUCUCCUGUAGGCCAUACUGUAGAUGAUGGGACAUAUUUGAACACAUAUUUUACAGAUUUUUGUGAAGUGUUCUUAAAUUCUAAAUAAUGUGGAAGGACUACGAACGUUGUUAUGAGUUUGGUUGGCCAGCCGUGUUUAGAAAGUUAAAGGUUCAAAUUCAUCUUUCCUCUUUGGUUACGUAAAAGUUCCAUUGUUUCCUGUACUUUUGUGCCAACAGGUCUCAGUAAUAUGAGAGUGACGUUUAGUGUUUACAGAAAGAAACACUACAAACACAAUAAGAAUGUGCUCAUUGUACGUGUAAUGAUAGUUCGUUAUCAGUACAGUAAUGUUAAUUAUAUGGUAGAUGUAGGCAGUUCAUUAUUACUGGGUAUGAAAUGUCUUCUGUCAAUGUUAUUGGGAUUUUUUUUUUAAUAGAGCAGGAGUUCAAGAUCUCAUCAGAUAUGAAAUGUGCUCUUUAAACUGCGCUAACAAUAUAUUGUCGUUCAUUUCUGACAAAUCGAGGAAGUGUUGUAUAGAGCAGAAAUUAAAAAUCGAAUGUGUGUUCAUAAGAGAGAGAAAAUAAUUCAGGAUAGAGUUUCUUAAUCAAAAUACAUGGGUGUGUUCAGUAAGUGUUGGUGCUAGCAGAAAAGUGUGGAUUUAGUCUGUUGAAAUAUAAGUGUAAAGAUAUGUGAAAUAUUUUGUUGUACUAUAUGUAUUGAAGUUCCUGGUACAUUUAUUCCAGUUGGAUUCUUAAGAGUACCUUCUUCCUUUCUAAAAAAAUAAACAAUAAAGUUGCUCAUUGUAAGGAUGGAUGAAAGUCCCUUGGAAAAUGUCUAAAGAAAGGAAGUUUUUAUUGUAUUUGGACAGAUUAGCAGUUUUUUGUUUACCCGAGAUUGACACUGAACAUAUCCGUGUGUUUUGGCUUAUAUUCAGAGUAAAUUUUUAUGGACAAAUAUGUCUGUUGAUAUAUUCUGUAAAUGACUGUAUUUUUCUCUAUUUUCAAGUCUAUUUUAUGUAUAUAGUUUCAUAAAAAAGAAAGAGAUUGUUGGAGUAUUUUCCUCGACGGAGUACAUGUAACAUAUGGAUAUAUUUAUAUUUUGAAACUGGAGUUAUUUUUGUUGUGCUUGGGUCAUCUUCUUCCACACUUUUUUUUUUAUAUAUAUGACACAUAUCAAAGCAACAACUAACAAUACACGUGAAUCAGGAUACAGUAACAGGAUCUUUACAGAUGAAAAAAUUGUAACAAUUACAUCAAAAGGAUUAUAUAUCUUGUCUUGUACACCCUUCAACACUGGGUCUUUUCAAUAGUGAAAGAAAGCAAUGCAGUUAACUGAUGAUAAUGCUGUUAAUGAUAUGCUAUUUUCUUAAAAACCUUUUUCUAAUUACACUGCCUACAUCAGUACUAAUCCUUAUCUCUGGGGAAAAAACACAAGUGGUGGAUGGAUGUAUUAUUGAUAAGGAGUGUUCCAUAGUACCACCACAAGUCUUCAGCAGUUUCGUUGGCAGAUCUGUUUUGUUUUCACUGUAAAUGUUGUAUGUGAAAAUGACAGUAGCCCCGAUUUCUCCUGUAAUCAUAUUCAUCUAGUUAUUGGUGUAUAAAUGUAUGUAAAUUAAAUGAAGCGUCAGGUUUCGCGAGUGCAGUCAUGACAAAAUAUUUGAUAAAAGUGCUUGCCUUUCGUGCUCCAAUGACUGAUGACUCUUGGAGAGAAUUCUGCUUCUCCAUCCUCUUCGUUUUGCCACGAAUUUUUAGCUAGCUUUGAUCACAAGCCUUUGAAUAAAAGUGAGGACAAAAUAAAAAAAAAAGCAUAUUGUUGUUGAUUUGUUAAACCAGAAAAAGAGCAAUGACGCAAGCAAGAGAGAAGAGGGGGCAGAGGCAGAAUCACUGCACAAACGAAAGCUGUCAUUAAGUGUAUAGUGGAAGUUCAGUGCUGUAGAUAUAUUGUUGCCAGGAUAGUUGGAGAAUACAGUUUUAAGACUGGGCUCAUGUAGCAGAUCAGUCAUCAAUGGACUAAACGGUUUUUUAAUGCAGUACAGCAUUUAGUAAUUGGCCUUUUUAUGUGUGCAUAUUAUUUCUUCUUUCUCUGGUUAGGUUUUAGUGAUGAUUGUUUUAGGUACAAGCUAAGCUUUUUUUUCUUUCUUUUCUUUUCUUUCAUGCACACACACUAGAGACAAUAUUAGUUUCCAUAUUCAUGGAAGAGUAUCCUUAAAGUAAGGAUUAAUAAUAACUUGAAUCCUUGAUGACUUUUGCUAUUGAUUGUUGCUGUUAGUACCAUACAUUCCAAAGUUGGUGUAGGAUAUGGGACACCAGUUACAUAUGUUCGGCAUUAAUGAAGUUUCUAGCUUUAAGCAUAGCGUAGCAGCUCAUGGAUUUUCAGUACCUCGUUGAAGUUAUGUUCAAUCCUUUCCCUCCCCCAAAGUAUUUAUCAAAUGGAAGUAUGAAAGUCGGACUGGCUCUUACGUCUGAUUAUACGAGCGCGGAACGAUAAUUUAUUUUCUGUUUUCAUGAGAUCAUUCGUGUCUGGGAAUUAGAAUUUUAUUUUUUGGCGUACAAAUAUCUUCAGAUACAUGUUCUAGUUUGUUCUCUUGUUCAUUCAGGUAUGUUAAGAUACUAGGUUGAACUGUCUCGGCUUUAUCGGAGACAAGUAGAGUUUUGAACCCUUGUUGUCAAUCAACGAAUCUUGUUAGGAUUAUGGAUCUGUUGUGCAAGACGUCAUUCUAAUGGACAUGAGCGGUUCAUACUUCCAUUCAUCCAGUAGUUUCAGCAUUGAGUUGCAAAUAUGAAAUUGAAUUUUGGUUAUGUUUUGCAACCCUCAUCCAUAAUGGAAUGUAUUGUAAAUGCACACAAUAAAACUAAAAAGUGCUUUUA